CUACAAGGGCUAAAAGUCAGCAAAAACAAGGCCCAGCAAGCCUGGAACCCAAUAGGGCCCAAAGAGCAGGACCAAAAAAACAUUUUCUAACCCUAACCCUAGCAGCCACUGCUCCCCUCUAGAAACUCCGCCGCCAAGGAUGGAACCGCCGCCACUGCCGUCGAAUGACAAGAACCAAACAACGCCUCCACAUCAGAGGAAGAGAAAGCAGAGGAAAAGGAUCCACCACCCGGAUGGCAGGCUGGUGGAGAGACGAUCUUCAACGAAACCCACCCCAAGCCGCUCGAAACGUCCGCCUCCCGCCGCACGAUCCCAUGGGAAGCCAAACAAACUCGAACAGUCAGACAACGAAGGAAGUAGAGGGGAGACGAUCUUCUGUCUUCAAGCUCUCCAGACCGCAUCCGUCGCCAAGGGCUGCAUCUCAGAACCACCAAGAUCUGCAAGGUGAGAGCAAGGAGGUAGAUUUUGGAAAGGAGAGGAGAAGACAAGCCAGAUAUGAAAUCAGAUCUAGCCUCCUUGCAACUUAGAUCGGACAAUCAUCUCUAGUUCUGAAUCACCAGAACAGAGGGCCAAAAAUCAACCCAUCAUAGGGGAAGGACAUCAACCCACAAGGGGAGGAGGAAACAUGCAUGAAAGCAAAGCAACAAGGACUCGGAAAUGCAGAAAAAUGAAAACAAAGCAAGGAA